CGCGGGAUUGCGUUCGCGCGCGCUCCUGCCUCGUCGGAGUCGGAGACGACGACGAUGAGCGGCGGCGGCUCCGCCCGUGCGCCGGCCGUGGUGGCGCUGGCGCUGGCGGCCAUCCUGUCGACGCCGCCGCCGCAGCCGGAGACCUUCUCCAACAUCCCUCCCACGCUGUCCGGCGGCGACGGGAAGCAGCAGGUGAGGAUCAAGCGGCCCAAGUCGGCGAAGGCGCUGCAGUGCACCUCCAAGUGCGUCGCCACCUGCAUCCGCGGCGGCGAGGGCCCCCUCAACGUCAGGAGGCCUCUUGUAGUGUUCAAAGAACAGUUCCGCAGCCGGCAGUACUGCUUGGCAGAGUGCUCGGACGUCUGCAAUCUCAUCAAGGAUGGAGAAGAUGGACAAUGAGAAGAGCUUUGGCUAGGAGAAAAACAGCAGUCUACUACUGCAGCACUUCAAACCGAGGCAAGGCAUGAAUUCAAGAACACUUCAUGACUGAGUUUUACACAACAAAUUGUACACAAGAAAC